AUCUAGCACAAUAAGAACAAAGUUAGAAACUGCAAGUCAUAAUGGAUUACCAUUCAUAAGAACAAAGUUAGAAAUGCCUAUGCUCCAGACCGAACCUACUCAGGUAGAAAAUUCUACGGAAGACAGGAUACCUAAGGUUGGUAUGAAAUUCUGCACUGAAGAAGAGGCAUACCAAUUUUACAAUGCCUAUGCUCGAGACAAGGGUUUUAGUAUUCGAAGGAGCAGUUCACAUAAUGUGAAAAACAGCACCACCAUAAAGAAUAGAACUUUCUGUUGUUCUCGUGAAGGUAUUAAAUCACUUUUUUUAUUGUGCCCUUUCUUCAUCAUUAGGGAUAUAACAUCAAUUUGAUCAAUUAUUUAUUUAUUUAUCAAUAGGUGUUCGGCAUCCUGAUAAAAGAGAAGAAUCUUCCAGCUAUAGUAGACCAGAGACACGAUGUAUGUGUCAAGCUCGCAUGAAGAUAAGUCUCACAGAUGGAUUGUACUGCAUCUAUGAGUUUGAGCCUGAACAUAAUCAUAUUCUUGCUACUAGCAGUCAAGUUCAUCAUUUAAGAUCUCAAAGAAAAAUAACAGAAGCACAACUCGCGAGUGUAGAAAAUGCUAAAGCAGUUGGCAUUUCAAAUAAAGCUACCUUUGAUCGCAUGGCAAAAGAAGCAGGUGGAGUUGAGAAUCUUGGAUUUACUCGUGAAGAUAUGAAGAAUAAAUUGUAUUCAAAGAGGUCACUACAGACAAACUACGGGAACACAGGAGGAGUAUUGGAAUAUCUAGAGAAAAAAACAUCAGAGGAUGGAAAGUUUUUCUAUUCCAUUCAGGUUGAUGAGGAUGACUUGAUAACAAAUAUUUUUUGGACAGAUUCUAAAAUGGUUGCAGACUAUGAACUUUUUGGUGAUGUUGUUUGCUUUGACACAACAUACAGAAAAUUAAAUGAUGGACGUCCAUUUGGUUUGCUAGUUGGAGUGAAUAAUCACAAGAAAACAACAAUUUUUGGUGUUGCACUUUUGUAUGAUGAAACUGCAGAGAGUUUUGUUUGGCUUUUCAACACAUUUUUAACUGCUAUGUCAGGGAAAAAGCCAAAAACCAUAUUAACCGAUGAAGACGCAGCCAUGGCAAAAGCAAUCAAGAUAGUACUACUAGAGACUCAUCACAGAAUUUGUGUUUGGCAUAUGAACCAGAAUGCUUGCAAGCACCUUGCUGGAGUUGUGGAGGACUAUAAGAAGUUCAAUAAAGAUUUUCAAAACUGUAUUUAUGAUCAAGAGGAGGAGGAUGAAUUUAUAAAUACAUGGAACAAUUUGCUAGACAAGUAUAAGCUACAAAACAAUGAAUGGCUGCAAAGAUUAUUUGAUAAAAGGGAGAAAUGGGCCUUAGCGUAUGGAAGAAAUACCUUUUCUGCUGAUAUUGUUAGCACUCAAAGAAGUGAAAGCCUGAACAUUGAGUUGACGGGGUACAUUAGUGUCAAAUAUGACAUACUUACCUUUUUCGAGCACUUUGAAAGGUUGGUGGCAGAUAAAAGAAAUGAGGAGGUAAAAUGUGAUUUCAAGGCAACACAAAGUACACCUAAGUUGAAAUCUGAGUUGAGAAUACUAAGGCAUGCAGCAAGAAUUUAUACUCCAGCCAUAUUUAAGGUAUUCCAAGAGCAAGUGAUGCAAACACUGAAUUGUGAUCUGUUCUAUUGUGGUGAAAGUAAUGCUGAAAAGGAGUACAAAAUAAAGGUUUAUGGUAGGAGGAAUGAACAUGUCGUGAAGUUUUCUGCAUUGGAAGUUGAAGUAAAGUGUAGCUGCAAAAAGUAUGAAUUUGUUGGAAUCUUAUGCUGUCAUGCGUUGAAGAUACUUGAUAUCAACAAUAUCAAAAAAAAAUCCUGAACAUUACAUACUAAAUAGAUGGACAGUUGAUGCAAAAGUAGUUCAUAUAAAGAGCAAUUCUGAGACACAUGAAGAUCCCAAAACAAAGUUAUCAAAACGCAGACAG